UAUCUUUUGUUGCUGUGGUCGUUUAAUUGUGUAGUUUAUUCUAACAUGCAUUGUUUUAUCAUGAAUCGCUUUGAAAUCGACAUUUAACUGUAAUAAUGGAUGUUUUGUUGCUUAGAAUGUAUUAAAAACGUGUUUAUGUUGAUCUGCACAUAAGAUAAAGUGAUAAUAAUCAGAUAAAGGGAGAUUUUCAGAUGUGAUAUAUAUUUAUAAAGCCUCUUCUGGUGGCAGAUAAUCUCCUUUAGUCUCAGUAAAUGCGGUCUAACAAGAACUUGCCGUGUUUACUGGCGGGUCCGGGGCAAACAGGCAGGUGCCAGACAUAUAAACACACAGACCUCGUUCGUAUUCAGCACAGAUCCUCUCCUCCUCCUCCUCUUCUUCCUCCUCCUUUCACAAUUCACCGGAGCCCGGUGACUCCGGUUACGUUUUUACGAUGGCUCCGCCCUCUACUCGGUUUUGUCCAAAUCGGGCUUUUUGCGUCGCCGGAGCUCCCGAUUUCAAGCCGACGUCACGACCGAGUAAAGGGAAGAGCUGACGUCGAGGAAGAGUCACAGAGAGGAGAGGGCAGGAGGGAGGGAGGGGGGAGACUCUCAGCGCGGCUCGCAUUCAUAUCAGGCAUAUCUAUCCCCCUUCAUCCCUCCUCCUCCCUCCGUUUUACGUCGGUGUUGGCGCGUCGGGAGCCCCCCUGCUCCGGUGGAGUCCCAGGCUAUAUAAGAGACCGGCGAGCAGAGUCCCUCAACCAGAUUUACGGGUUCCGGACAUCUGAGCCAGAAGAGACGGCGACCUGCAGCCGCCGAUUCACCUGCACUCCGAAAGGAGGGACGAAGGGAGAAGGUUUUUACCCCCCCCCAAAAAAACCUUGCUCUGGAGAAAAAGAAACAGCUGAGAUGAAAGUCCAAUAGCACAUCUUCUUUUUCUUCCCCUCACUUCUACAAACCUGCCUCCGACGGGAAACUUCAGCAGAUCUUCUAACAGCGCUCCGCUUUACAACUUUUCACCCGGAGGGACGCUGACGGCUCGCCGCAGCAGCAACAGACCACGAUGUACCGCUCAACCAAAGGGGCGUCCAAGGCGCGACGAGACCAGAUCAACGCGGAGAUCCGGAACCUGAAGGACCUGUUGCCCAUCUCUGAUGCAGAUAAAGCGCGGCUCUCGUAUCUGCACAUCAUGUCCCUGGCCUGCAUGUACACCAGGAAGUCCGUCUUCUUCACACAAGAAGCUGGAUCUGCUGGUAGCGACCAGGAGAGGGCUGCGUUUCUGUCUUUUCACGAGCUGUCGGAGCUGAUGCAGGCGAUGCCGGGCUUCCUGAUGCUGCUUACCGGAGAAGGGAAGCUGCUCUACCUGUCUGACAGCGUCUCCGAGCACCUCGGACACUCCAUGGUGGAUCUUGUGGCACAAGGUGACAGCGUUUAUGAUAUAAUCGACACUGCAGAUCACUUCAUCAUGAGGACCAACCUGUCUGCUUCUACAUCACUUGAGAUGGACCGUCUCUUUCGCUGCCGUUUCAACACCUCCAAGUCGGUGCGGAGGCAGAGUGCCGGAAAUAAGCCAGUUCUGAUCCGCGCUCGCUGCCUCGCUCCACCCUCCACCGCCAGCUCCUAUUGGACCUCCAACCCGGUGUGGGUGUGUUUCUGCACCCCGCUGGAGCCACAGCCCACUCGCUCUGGGUCAGGGCCAGACAGGGACACGACCUCUGCCCCCCCGCUGGCCGAGACCAACCUGUUUCUGGCGUGUUUCCACUCCCAGCACGGCCGAGACAUGAGGCUCCAGGCGGCACAGGACAGCAUGACUGUGUAUCUGGGCUACGAUGUGACAGCUUUACGCUCCCGCUCCUGGUACGGCCUCCUCCACCCACAGGAUCUGUCACACGCCUCUGCUCAGCACCGCAGCCUGUUGAGGGAAGGUGGAGAGGGCAGAGCUGAGAUGGUGGUUCGUGUUCAGGCUCACGAUCUGUCCUGGGUUUGGCUCUACAUGGUGCUUCAGCUGCAGCACGGAGACAUUCCCAUCAGCAGCAACAACUACAUCAUCAGUGACUCUGAAGCCUGGUCGGUGCGCCAGCAGCUCAGCUCCGAGCAGACCCAGUUGACCCUGGUUCUGAGCGCCGGCCCGUCUCAGCCGGAGGGCCUGAGCCUGCAGUCUCCAGAGACCCUGUCCAGCCCAGACCAGGUGUUCACGCCCGGUAGCAGCGGUCUGUCCGCCCAGUCCUUUGACUUCAGCACGACCGGCUGCAGCGUCGGCUCCUCGGACGAGCCGGGCAGCUCCAUCGCCGAGCCCAUGCAGCUGGAGGGAGACCCUCGCUCCAGCAUCUCCUCUCUGGAGGAGGACAGCUUCUUCCAGCCGCCGCCGACAGAAACCCUCUCCGCCGCGUCUUCGCCGACUCCCGUCACGGUGGAGACAGUAGCAGAUUUGGACUUUUUAACCCAGAACAUUCUCCUGCCUCCGUCCUUCCAGCUCGACCCGCCGCUGCCGCUGCCCACCUCUCAGGCUCAGCAGACCAAAGAGUUCGUGUGCACCCCGCCGUACACGCCGCAGGUCGGAGGAACCAGCUUCCAGUUCAAUGAGCCGCUCUUCAGCUUCGACCCCACUGGCACCACAACGCCUCCUCCCUCUGCUACGACCGCCACCUCCUCCACCUCGCUGGCGCCCUCCGCCUCUUCCACAGCCCCGCCCACUACGAACCCCAGCCCCGCUCCGCCCACCACCCUCUCCACCAAGCUGCCCCUGGCUUUGCCCGCCCUUUCCACCGACCUGCUGUUCCCCGUUGAGACGUGCAGCGGCGCCCUGUACGAGAAGCUGCCCCCCACGCCCGACAGUCCAGGAGACGGAGAUUGCACAGUGAUGACUCUGCCAGAGGUCCGCGGGCCGCUUUACGUCGACGUGCCGCUCGGGCCCCUCCAGUGUCCCCCUGAAGGCCUGCUGACCCCUGAGGCGUCUCCCGGCAAACAGCCCUGCCUCACCUUCUUCUCCUUGGAGCGGGAGAAGGAACGGGCGGAGAUUUCCCUCCUGGCUCAACACAUCAGCUCCCUGGCUGAGGGUUUCUACCUGGAUCCUCUUUUGUCCAAACUGUCCCCCUCCUCCUCGCCUCCAUCGCCCUUCCUGUCCCCGGCUAUCGAAGCGGCGGAUCCAGUCCACAUGCUGAGGGAGUUUUAUCCCGUAAAAACAUGGAGAGGUCUGGACAUCCCCAUCUUCCUCGACGACGAUGACUCUCUGUUUGAAGAGAACAUCCUAGAAACGAUCCUGCAAGACGACUUCGCUCCCAACCUCUCUGCCCCCUCCAGCCCCACCUCCCCACACACCCCAGUGUGUUGGCACCAACCCUCCCAGUUUGAGGGAGCGGGCCACAUCUGUAGCGUCCAAUCGGCGCAAUGUAACUCCGUGGCCAGACGUGGGGCGAGCGUGGCGACGAAGGACGGGGAAGGGCUGGCGGAGGAAGCAAUGGAGAUGGAGGUGGAGGUGGCGUCGUCGCCCGUGUCGUCUUGCUCCUCCAUCCCUGCUUCCCCUCCCCUCAUCCUCACCGCCUCCCCGAGCCCCGCCGCCGCCAUGCCCGUCGCCUCGCCCACGCCCGCCGUGUCUUGCACUCAGUCCCUCCUGGAGGAACUGGCCGUCCUGGAACCCAUGUUUGGGGCAGGUGCCUCGAUCGCCCCUGGCUUAGGGCAACAACCUGAGUUGUAUCAACUCCAAUGUCAUCCAUCGCCACAGUGCUUCCACAAAGAUGGGAGUGGAAGUGUUCCUCCGUUCUAAAAUAAGUCUGUGACUUACUUCAUUAAGUAUGGCAUAUUGUCAUAUUUUGUGGAGACCCUUUUACUGAAAAGUAAAAAACAAUUAAGUGUAUAAAUAUACAUAAUGUAUAUACAACUUAAGGACUUCAUCUCCUACAUGUCUGCUAAGAACAAAGAUUGGCUAUAUAUUUUUGUUCAGUCAUUUCUUCUGUGUAAUACUGCAAAAAAAAAAAAAAAAAACUGGUGCCAGAUUCACAUGAUGACCGAAUGGACCCAGAACUGCCUGGGUUCUGGCUCCAUUUGGUGACCACUCAGCUAGAGGUGCACCGUCUGCAGUUUUCAGGUUACCGAUCUUUAAAAAAGCCUGACCUGCCGAUCCCGAUUUUGUCCGGUAACGAUUUUUACUGCCUGAAAUGUUGCUAAAUAAAGUCUGCAGACAUGUCCUGCUGGGUGGACAGUGGUUGAUUUUUAGUUGAUCAGAUCCCAAAUUUAAGAAAAUCGGGUCAGACUUAUCGGCAGAUCAAUUUAUCGGUGCACCUCUACUCUCCAGAGCUUCAGAGACGAUCAAACUCCAGAUACGUAUGUGUAUUCACUCGUAGUGAAAUAUCUGUUGUGAACAAAAACAAAUGAUGCAUUUCUUGCUAUUUCAGUAGUGGGAUGAAUCAUAGCACUUUUUUGCCUGACAUGCAGCAACGCAAACCCAAACCUCAAACGUUACAGGAAGUCAAAUGUUUACAAUCGUUUACAACCUAAGUGCGAAAACAAUCAGUAGAGGGAGAGAGAGAGAGAAACAAGAUUUCUUGUCUUAAAUCUUCUGAUUUAGUUCCCAGAACCAGACGGGUUCUGGUUUAAACGCCUUCCAAAAACAUAGAAAUGGAAUUGAAACCGGGAUACUUUGAGCUUUGAGUUUGCGACUUUUAAACCUUUAACAUCUCAUGGUUAUCGCUCCAUCUGAAAUCUUGUGUAUCGAUGUGAUUUGCAAACAAAAAGAAAACAUGAAGAACUGGACUCUGAUCAUGCCACAAACCCUCUGCUACUCUGUACUGUACAUUAAGACUCUGAAUGUGGACUCAUCGGGUCCUCCUCCUCUUCCUCUUCUUCUUUCCCUGCUUUUGGCUGUGGGGCAGUCGGCUGGAUAUUCUUGCAGCAUCAAUAUUUGCAAUGCUGGCAGCUUAUAGCGGCUCCUGUGUGCCUGAAACGGCCCCUAGACUCUGAACUCUUCAUCCACUCCGAACGAGUGGACGGUCGGCAUCGUGGCUCCACUGGAGCGCGGUGCAGCGAGGCACAAAUUUAUGGGAUACCGUCUGUAACUUUACGCAGUGAAAAACUAACAGCGGACAUUUGGUUUCUUUACCCAGAAGGAGAGAAAAAAACAUGUGAAUGUUCAUUUUUCAAAGUUAUUUUUUCACAAUAUUAUUCCAUAUAUUUAUAAAUGUCAGAGUUUGGAGCUAAAUAUUAAAUUUUGAAAACUAAACAUUUAACUCAGACUAAUACAUUUAGUUAAAAACUAAAUGUUUAGAUUUUAGACUUGUGAAUUAAAUAUUUAGUUUGGAACUCUCAGAUUUAUAAAUGUAGGAAUAAUAUGUUCAAAAUUUGACUUUGAAAAUUUAACAUUCUCAUUUUUUUUUCUUUGUUACCAGGUAAAUAAACAAAAUCAUCGCUGUUAAUGUUUUACAGUGUGACUUAACAAACGGCACUCCAUACGAAUUGACUAUGUUGAACGAGCGAUUCUUCUUUUUUGAGAGGGGUUUAGAAUACAAAAAGGUUUUGUUUUAAAAAAAUGAAAACUGGGGGGGACGGGUGCUAUUUCUAUUCAGUUACCAAACGACACGGGUUGAGAAUGGUACAAUUCCCAUGGUGUCGACAUGCUCACGUAGAGUUGUCUACGGUCAAGUAAAGGAUUGAUUCCUACGUUCUAGCUAUUCAAGGCUAAGUUAAUAUACAUGUGUAAAAAUUAUACUUCUGUAUGUGUGAUAUUUGAAGAAAAAAAAGCUAUUUCAUAUGCGUUACAUCUCAGGAUGUAGGCAUAUGUUCUUUUCUGAAAGGUUGUACACAUUUGUACAUUUGUAUGAAACAGCUACUGGUCUGUACAUACAGAAGAGAGAGAUUUUUAUCGCAUAAGAUGGAAUAUAUUCUGAACAUCUUAUUAUUAUUAUUCCUAUUAUUUACUGCAGAAUGGACAUUGUGAACCAGUGUUCUAUUGUGAUGCUUAUAAGUGUAUUUGGUUGUCAUACAAAUGCAUUUAUAUUAAAGUGCACUUAAUGCUGCUGAUGCA